AGCAAAGGCAAAGGCAGACGACCAGAGUUCGGUCUCGACAUUCCUCUCCUCGACCUCCUUCGACGCCCUUUGCUCCUUCACUGCUCCUCUAGACCUUCAUACUUCACCAUGUUGCGCACAGUCUCUGUCCGUCUUGCUCCUCGCGCCAUCUCCAGGGUUGCGCCCCGUGUAGUUGCUAGCAGGGUUGCCAGUUACUCGACUGCUGCUGAUAAGUUGGAUGCCCCUGGGUCAAGCCAGGCUGUCGACCCCAAGAUCGUUUCUAUUGUAGACCAGAUUUCUGGAUUGACCCUUCUCCAGACGGCCGACUUAGUGUCUUUGUUGAAGACCCGUCUCAACAUUCAGGAAAUCGCUAUGCCUUCUGGAGGCUAUGCUGCUUCUGCUGGUCAAGCUGCCGCUGCAGCCCCUGUUGAGGAGGAAAAGGUUGUUGAGAAGACCGAAUUCAGCGUCAAGCUGGAAAAGUUUGACGCUGCUGCCAAGGCAAAGUUGAUCCGUGAGAUCAAGAACAUUAUUCCCGGAAUUAACUUGGUUGAGGCCAAGAAGUUCGUUGAGGGAGCACCAAAGGUCGUCAAGGAGAACUUGAACAAGGCUGAUGCCGAGAAGCUGAAGAAGACUCUUGAAGAUCUGGGUGCCACUGUCUCAUUGGAAUAAAUAUCACAUUUGUAUUGUUUUUUGCUACUAUGUUUUUGCUGGGC